CUCUGUAGGGAAGAAAUUGAGAAUUAACCAAUUAGGGGUUGAAGGGAUGUAAAUUGUGUUUUUUUUUAAAGUAACACAAAAAAGACUACUCAUUAUUGGUUAUGUUUUUUUGUUGGAGUUAUUUAGAUGGAAGUAUGCUUAAUUAAGUGAGGUGCAAAUAGUCUCAAACUUGUUUUUUGGGUAAGCAUCCAUCUCAAACACAGAGAUAUAUGAAGAAGGAAGUUACCUUUGAUGAAGACUCCGGGACUGGGAAACCUCUAUUGUAGGACCCGAACUCGUGUGACGGCAAGUGAUUUGAAGAGAUUGGAGACGUUUAGUCGGUGUUUCAGCAAUCCAUACUGAACGGACUAUGGGAAUAAUAAUCGGAUUUUCAGCUAGGGUUUCUGAGAUUGAGGGUCUGGGAAUCGUAGCAUGGCAGUUGCUGGUUUGGAUCAAUCAGUUACAGGCGCAUGAAUUCGACCAGAGCAAUGCCAUUACCGAAACCCUAAAAAUGUCAAAACCGCGAAUUGACUCGCAUUUGUUCAACGGUUAUAAUACAAUUUUACGCUCUGUCCCUCUUAUACCCUGAAAAAUGCUGCCUCCAUCUAGAAAACCAUUCUGCUCCCAGUCCGGACCAUGAACCACCGGAGAAUUCUUCUCAGCCACCGUAGAACAUUAUUUCCUCUGUUCAUUCUUCUACCGCAACUGAUCAACUCCUCCAACAGAUGGCCGCAAAGAGGAUUUGUAUGUCUUGGAGGCCCUCAUGGCAGGAAUGGUUUCUGGUGCUAUGGAAUCACUCAUAAACUCUCCAUUUGAGCUGAUCAAAACCCGUGCACAAGUGGCCUCUGCCUCUUGCAUUCCAAGUUUUACAUCAGUUACAGAAAGCGGUGCUGUUGCACCUGUGUUUGCAAAGUUACUUCCUGGAUGUAGUCAAGAUAAGAUGGCAGUUAACCACUCUGUUGGCCUUCUAUCUACCUUAACAUCCAAGCAUUUCCAUAUGGUAGGUGCCUUGCAAAAUUACCCAUGGAUGAUAACUAGAUCUGGGAAACCACCUUCAGUUUGUGAUGUUAAGAGGCCAUCAGAUAUUAUCUCUUUGGAAGGAUGUUCUGCAUUAUGGACAGGUCUUCAAUCUGGAGUUGUUCGAGAUUCUGUUUUUGGUGGGAUAUUCUUCUCUACAUGGCACUUCAUUCACCAAGCAAUGCUUGACUGGAAGGCGGUUGGGAUGGAUCCUCCACCCAGAUUUGAUGAAGAAAUUGGCCCACUAUCGCCAUUAGCGGUUAGUCUUGCAGCUGGAUUUUCAGGCUCAGUUGCAGCUGCAGGAUCUUAUUGUUUCGACACUGCCAAAAUUCGAUCUCAGUCUACUGUGUUGCCAAAGUAUAUUUCUAUGGAAAGGAAGUUUCUCAAGUGGAAUCGACCUGGGAAUAGGUUUGAGAGACUUACAGGGAUCCACCCUGCUGACAGGAAUCUAUUGUUCCAUGGAAUUUGGUUGCGGAUGGCUCGUAGUGGGCUUACUUCUUUCAUGAUUGUGGGAAGUUAUUUCUUGGCCGUUGAUCACAUAUUCUCAAGUUGAAUGAAUGGGUAGAGGUUUAUCCUCCAAAUGAAUCAAAUGAAUAGCAGAAGGUAAGGAAGCCAAAGAGGUUUGGUUACUUCCUGCUAUUUUAUCAUUAUAAGUCAUUCUCAAUAUUCUUCUGCACCUUCUUGGUGCUUCAGUGCAUUCUUUAUCAUUUAAAAAAUUUUGUGUCGAAUGCUAGGAGAUGUUUGUAUCUAUGAUUGGUUACCAGCUGUUUCUAUCUACUGCAUAAUCAACUUGCAAUAUUAACAUUAUUGAUCAAAUGCUAGGAGAUGUUUGAGAUCUCUUUGGUCAAGCAGGAUCUAUUUGUAUAGGCUGCAUAGUUUUUAUUGAAAGGAAAAUCAAUUUAUUCUGAA